CAAAAAUGCAGUCAGUCCGGUUACUCGAAUAUGCUCAUGUGCUAUACGGAAGGCCAGGUUGUAAUGAUUACAUGACUGCGGGUGUUCAAGAUGCAAGAUUUUAAAAUUUCGAAAUCCAAAAUUGCAACAAAAGCAAAGGUGUCAUCACCCACUCUUUCUCCAGUAUGUGCUGCUGUCAGUGCUGAAGAUGUAUAUAUUACAGACCAAACUCCAGUUCGUGAUGUGAAUAGAAUCUUGUGUAACAAACAGACAAAGAGCGAGGCUAUUGCUGACAUAGAGCUUAAUCCUCGGCUCCUACAGACACCAGAGUUUGACAGAGAAUAUGACAGCCCACUGCAUACAAGUAACUUACCUAGUGCCAGAAGGGAACACAAAACUCCAGCUUGCAAAAGUAUAUGUACAUUUCGUGGAACAACCAACAAGAAGUCACAUGCCGGUAAUCUGUGCUCUCUUACCAGUUCCCUUGUGAAAAAGAAGAAAUCUGUAGGAAAGGCACUACAGUUCCAGUCUGUGCCAAGGAUGAAUGUGCUGCAUCGCCAAUCACGAGCUGUGCCGUCUGUCAUCAAUGAACUGUUUGAUAAAUCUCCAGAAGAAACACAGGAGAGGAUUCCUGCCACCUCAGUUGAAAGUAAAUCUGCAAUAUCAACUCCCUCACAAGACUGUUUUGGUGAUGUGACAUCUGGCAUGAAGAUAAGUCCAGCAGAUCUGCUUUGUUCCCCAAAUCCCAAAGAAGCAGAACAGCAAACAAAGGGAAGUCGUCGGAAAUCACUGGAUGCUAUUAUUGAGCGAUAUUUGAAAGUCCGGAAGAAUAUGGACUGUACAUGAGAUUUAAAAGGCUCAUUACUUGUUAACAGUGUAUGAUGUGUGGUGAUUGGAAUGAGAUCUUUCUAAUAUAGAAAACAUAUUUUCUAAUAAACUUAAAAGAAAAGUUGCUUCAUGGCAUUAUUCAGUUAUAUUCUACCAUCUAGUGCUACAGUUAAGAAUUUGUGGAGCUGUACCUCAACUCCAUCAUAUGUCUCCAUGGUUUGGUGCUCAAUUAAUAAAACACAGGGACUUUACCUUACUUUCUAAUGUAAAGGUAAUGUGAAUUUGUCCCUGUGCUUAAUCAAGCACAAUGCUAUGGAGAUGUAUGGGGGAGUGGAAGUAUAGCUCCACUGUUCUUGAGCUUGUCACAUGAGAAAUGGAAAAAUGGCUAAAAAAUUGCAUUAUGUAACGUGUUUCAUAGUUUAUUGAAAGCUGUUGAUACAGUUAGUAUUCCAUACUGUGGCCUACUGUCUUAAUGAUGCCAUAUAGUAUGAUCAGUGCAUGCGUAUGUUUCAGAGGAAUUUACUUACACUGUCUUCAGGGUAAAAAAAUAGAGGCUGCAUGUUCCUUCAAAAUGUCGGUGCCCACUUACCAGACUACAUGGUGACAUAACUGAAAACACCAUAGUAUGUAUCUGGCCAUUGUAACAUGAGAUGUUAUAUACAGAUAUCAUCUAUUGAUUCUAUAUAU